UAGAAGAACUUUGAGCAACAGCGAGAGCCGCGAGAGCAAUGCAGAGCCUGCGAGCAGAACGUCGUGUGUAAAAUGUUUUGAAGUAUAUUUUUAUCUUCUGUACGAUUCUGAACUACUUUCUCGUGCACCACCACCAGAUUCUCUUCGUGGGUGGCGCGUGGCGCGGCUUGCGAAAGGCGCUUGCGGAAUGUAGCACUUUUCGUGUCUUCGACACAAAACAGAUGAAACAGUUGAAGGAACGCAGUUAGAAGGGAAAGACAACAGCAGCCAGAAGACUACAACACGGUUGUCUCUCGUCCGAAAAAUCAGUGAAAUCAAUCUAGACGAAAGCAGCUUUACCUGCGUGGAACCCAAUUCACCACCGAACGAGCAGCUUGUGAGCCGAAAGUUGAAAAUGAAAUUGUCGAAGCUAAUGGUUUCCUGGUCAAGGCCACAAGACCUUUUGCUGCUGUCGCCCCUGAAGAGCUGUCCUUUGAGGCUGGUGAAAAAUUGAUGGUCUAUGAGACACCAAACCCUCGAUGGUGGAAAGCAGCAUCUGCACAACACCCUACCACAGUUGGUCUUAUACCCGCAUCAUUCGAAGAAAUUGAUUAUCAAGUGAAAGAGGAUUCCGUUUACAGCCGCCUGGAUGAAUCAAUAAUUGUUGUGGACGCUCUGGAUGUUUAUAAGCAUUUGAAUCCUGCCAUUCCCUGUGAUAUGAUUGAAGAGAAGUUGUCCCUGCAGCAUAAUGAACAUUCAAGUGAAACGCCAGCAAAAGGCGCAAGCGGCAAUCAGCACCUUACCGCAGACGAUACUGACAUUGCGAUACUAUUCGCAUCACCGAAUAUUAUCCAACAUAUAAGGAGGACGUCAUUAUACAGAAGGAGCUGCUUGUCCUUGUUGGUGAUGGUUUAGAUGGAACUGAAAGGAAAAAUGAUGUGAAUGUGGGAUACGCUGCUUCGAAAGGGCAGUUCAUCAAAAUCAGGGCUCUUUAUGACUUCAAGGCCGAGGAAGAAGGGGAGCUAUCAUUGAGUAAAGGCCAGAUUUUAUUUGCAACUGGCUUGGACCAUAAGAGUUGGUGGCAAGGCCACACAAUGAAUGGCAAAUACGGCCUUUUUCCUUCUAAUCUGUUCAUGCAAAUUGACGCCACGGCUGAAUCAAGGGACGCUCCUUUCACAAUGAGCACCAGCUGCCAAACCUCUUUCAUAUCGAAAGUAAUAGGAUCAAAGACGCAUCUGGAUAUUGGAGUUUUUUUGGAGACGGGCCGUCUUCAUUUGGCUAUCAAUGAAAGUUCCAAGAGCUCGUCGUCAAUUUCCUCCGUGUAUUAUUUGGAUGCCGAAUGCUCUGCUCCUCACAGUUAUCAGACAGAAGACGUCCAGGCUGCAGCAAGGGGAAGUGCUUGACCAAUUGGACGUACACGCGUCCUGAGAUACGAAUUCCUGGUAAGUUAUCUGGAAAGCGAUGAAGGAGUUGAAAAGUUUGGUGAAUGUCUAGCUCCCACUUUGGAAGACAUUGAGCGCGAGGCCUCACAAUUGUGCCACUCAGAGAGGCGAAACUGUGGCCUGGCCCUGAAGCUGUACGAAGCUGAACAAGCAAAGGCCAAUAAGUUGUUCGGAUUAAACCACAAAAAACAACUGACUUGUUUUUCUCCUCUUGAACAACCCUUUUCUGUGGCCUGGAAGCCACACACUCGAGAUCGCUUUGGUGCUUCGAUGCGUCGGCCACCGAGAAUUCUACCCUCAAGGGUUCCUUUUCCAGAAAAGAUUAAGAGAGCUCAAAAGGCGAAAUCAAUUGAUUUCUGUACUCCUCACUGGACCUCCUGCGGUCCCAAGGUUGAGAAAUGAAGAGCUUGAAACACUAUUUUUCCUCGCCGAAUGCGGCCAGCAAAGAGCAAGUCGAUUCGUCAAAGGAGCCUCUUCACGAUGUCAGUGAAAAUUCCAACUUGAAACCUGCUCCAGGAUCGAAAAUCAACACCACCAACAAAUCCAAAAAGACGGAUGAUUCGAGUGAGAAGAGGAAAAAGGAACGGAAAUCCAUAUCUGUACCGAAGGUUAAGAAGAGUAAAGAGUCUGAAGAUGACGUGAUUGAGUGCUCCGAAGAGAAGAAAGUGAAUGGUGCCAAAGACGAGGAGGUCCAAGUCAACGGACACAAGCCACUUGCUGACAAAAUAGACUCUCCGUCCACUCCUCAGGUGACACCAAAACCAAACGCUUUCCAAAUGAUUAUGAGCCAAAAGAAACACGCCAACUCUGAUUCUGAGAGUGAAAAGAAAAAGAAAGAACCCCGAAAAGAAGACAAGAAAAGGUCAGAAGCAAAAGUAAAUCCGUCUUUAGAAAAGGAAGCAGUCGUUGACCUUCUCGAAGACGGAGAUGGCAAAAAAAAUGAUGAAUCUGUAGGGCCUCGGUCUCGUCGAAGAAGACAGGCAAAAGAAAAAACCAAGUCUUUUUUAGACUCCGAUGAAGAUGAUGUGUUUGAAUCAAAGGCAAAACCGUCCGGGAGAAGUAAAAAGUCUGAAAAAACUGGUUCGAAGGAUGUGAUAGAAGAUGAAAUCAAAGUGGUAGAAGCAGAGGAUUCCGACGACGAUAUUUUCAAAUCCGACAAGAAGAAACCGUCGAGGAAAAGAACGCGAGGGAGUGAUGAAGAAGUAAAGCCUAAAGCUAACCUGCCUGCAGAGAAACCAAAGGAGAAAAAAUUGAAUAAAAAAAGUUCUCCUGAAGUUGAGCUGAAAAAGAUGGAAGAAAAUAAGAAGCCCAAUGCACUUGAGAAACUCAUGUCCACAAAAAAGCCAGAGGUUGACUCUGAGGAGGAGUUUUUUGUCUCAAAGAAAGGCAACAAACGUAAACGGGAGAGUGGUGACGAGACGCCUCUGUCCUCACCGCAGAAAACUGCACCCAAAGUUCAGAAAAAAUCCUCCAUUGCUGGCUACUUCACUCCCAUAUCUAGAGACGAAGCUUUGAAAAGGGCGGCAGAGGCCUUUGAAGCUCCCAAGGUGCAAACCGUCACAGCCGAUGUCCACCCGGAACCACCCAACGCCCGGACCAGGCGGUCUAUGGGUCCUGCUGGUCGGCAGGUCAGCUCCAAGAGUCCCAAAGAGGACGAAACCAUCGAGGUCCUGGACGUGACUGAGGAAGCAACAAUAAAGCAGGAUUCGUUUGAAACGCCCAAGAAGAAAAUGGGCACGAUGAAGAAAAAGAGGCUCUGGGAGUUGCGGGUGCGGCUCCUCAGCCCUGCCAAAACUGUCAGUGAGGCUUCCAACAGUGGGUGGAGCAGCACGAGCUCCGAGUCAGAUUCUGAGGUUGAAUUGAUAAGUCCUGCUAAAAAGCAAAUCAGCAGGUCCCUUGGAUGGGGAGCAGGAGGAAAGCUGGCUCCAAUUUUCCUGUUGCGAAACCGCACUGCUGCUGCCGCUGUCAGUCCUCUAGUGCCCAGUUCAAAAAAAGCAUUCCAAAAUUCACCAAUGCCACAAAUUAGAGCUGCCCCCACAGAACACACUAUUGGAUUUGCUGAUGAAGAUCCUGAAGCUCCAAUUCAAACCCUCUUCCCACCGAUCAGUCACAUUUGCCACUUUGAGGAAAAGAUAGAGCAGGACGAGGAGACCAAAAGACUUUUGAGCCUCUCGUCCUGUGAGGAUAACAAGGAAAACUUUGAGCCGCCACCUUUCCACCUGGCACCAGUAGGAACAGCAAAGGCUUUUGUCAAUUUCAAGCCCUUCGAAGGCAAGAUUGACGGUGAUGGCGAGUCUUGGUGUGAAAAGUACAAACCAAAGUUGGCUGACGCAGUGGCUGGAAAUGAGCAGAGUGUCAACAGGCUUCGUUCCUGGCUGGAAAGGUGGACGGACAACAGCAGGUCUUCUGGUCUCAGAGUGGCUAAUAUUGAAUCUGAAUCAGAAUCAGAUAGUAUGGACGACUUUAUUGUGUCCGAUGAUGACGAUGACUCAAAUCAGGGGAAGAAGAAAAAGAAGAGGAAGAGGGCAGCAAACACUGUCUUGUUAGUUGGGCCAAGUGGAUCGGGAAAAACGGCAUCUGUUUAUGCAAUUGCAGAGGAAUUGGGUUUCAAAGUUCUUGAAGUCAAUGCAUCUUCAAAGCGAAGUGGGAAGAAAAUUCUAUUGGAACUUCGAGAGGCAACUCAGUCGCACCAAGUUCAAAGUGGAGCAGUAGAUCCAGAUUCUAUCCAUUCCUUCUUUGGAAAAGGCAGAAGCCAGAACACUGAUUCGCAGCAGUCUUCACAAACUCUCUCUUUGAUCCUAGUCGAAGAUGUUGACAUUGUAUUUGAAGAUCAAGAUGAAGGUUUUAUGGCUGCACUUAACUCCCUGGCAGAGAAUUCUAAAAGGCCUUUAAUUUUAAUCAGCAAUGAUCCGAACUGUUCACUCGUCUUGACCAGACAGCAUCGCAUUCACUUCCAGUACGAGAGGGUGCCUGUCAGCAAGGGUGUUGACAUUAUUGAGGACAUCUGUCAGAUGGAGGGCGAAGAGACUGAUCGGGACAACAUGAAGCAACUUGUCGUGAGCAACAAAGGUGAUCUGCGCUCAUCUCUCCUUUCUGCUCAAUUCCUUACCCUCUCAGGCGGCUUUCCCAAGAAGUUUACAAGUCAAAUGAAUUUUCCGCUCAAUCUUGAGGAAUUGGCUCUGCGACUUCAAACCAAACCAUUCUCAUUUAAAAUAUUUGAGACUGAGUUAGAUGACAGCAAAACUGCACAACACGUGGGGCAACAACUCGAAUUCUGACAAUAUCAUUUUGAAAUCUUGUGAAAAAAACCGAAAGUCUCAAAAAGAAAGUUUGAUGUGCCACCAAAGAAAAUUCUGAUGAUGUGGAGGUUGAAAAGGUUGUAGUGACAUUGGAAGAAAUCAAAUUGCUUUUGAAGCGCGCAGACUGUUUGACAAAUUUAGAUAUCCUACAGGGGUCGAUUUGGUGGCUAACUGAGGAAUAAUUUGCUGCCCGGAUUGAGUGACCAAUAAGCUAUUGAGUUGCCUCCAGAUUUAAUCGGACCGCAAAUCCGAUGUGAACUAGCUCAAUGGUGAAUUUCUUCAGACAGGAUAUUUUGGGAACGGAACAUUGGGAGUCGAACCAAAGGUGGUUGACGACCCACUCCAGAAUAGACAAAACUAUGUCAGAAAUGCUUCCAAUCAACAACCAACUGGAUCACCAAGGAGUGUCACUCGACUAUCUACCUAUUCUCCGGAAACUAGGCAAGUGCGAACAAACCUCAUCCAGGUCUUCUCGGAGGAGCUCCAUAAACUGUUUGCAGAGCAUAGGAAUGCAACCUGACCUGUUUGUCAUAGAGGCGCUUCCUUUUGCACUUUCAUGAGUGUAUCAAUAUCAUAUCUUGAGCUGUGCCUGAUUUAUUUUAAUAAUUGUGGACAACUGGACAAUUAACUUCUUUUAACAAGUAAAGAUUUAAUGAUAUUAACAUUAAAAGAUCCACUGGUUUACCUUAAAACUGAAAGUACAAUUUUUUUGUCAAACUCAGUGAGUUAAUGUUUUAAUUAAUAUACAUCUCUUCAUUUACUAAGUAAAGUGGGGGAAUCAACAAUUAUUUUAAUAUCUACAAUUUGCCGGGGAAGCGGUCUUC